CAGUCGACAAUCGGCGUCUGUCACAUUUGGUUGAUUGUAUCGUGUUUGCCUCGGUGGCAAAACCGAAACACCAGGCCGCACCAUCAAUGAGUAGCGGUGGUGACUUAGACGGCGAUAAGUUUUUCGUCUGUUGGGACCCAGAUUUAGUUCCCGCACGUGUCCAUGAGUCCUAUGACUAUCCGCCCAACAAAGAACGCCCUGGUGGCCACGUAACAAGAGCGGACUUGGCUAAUCAGUUCGCCUCCUACAACAAUGCGGGACUCGCUAAAGUAGUGAAGUUACACCAACAGUGGAUUCGAGCCAGUCCCAGCGGUGCGAUGAGUGCAGAGUGUCAAGAAUUGAAUGCGCUUCAUUCCCAAGCAGUGGAUGGAGCUAGAGUCAACAUUCCGGACAGACUCUUAACUCCACCCACUCCUCAGGGAAAGUACAUCUUAGAUGUCCUCGCAGAAGCUGCUGCGGAGUAUCACGCUAAUUUUGCCCAACUUGGGACUAUAGAUCUGGACACUGAGACUAGCUCCGCAGAUGACGCAGAAGUCGUUCUCGCCGAACUAUUUAAGAGAAAGCCAAACGCUGUGUCUGAAUAUGAGUUAUUCAACAUGGCCUUGGCGUUUGCGAGGAAGUUUUCUAUGACUGCUGAAGAGAUAAAGCCUUAUCUUGCACAUCUUGAUAUGGGUGCACUGGCGCCGCACGAAAAGCAUGCCAUCAGUACCACCCUUGGGCUCACACCUAUGGAACACCGACGCUUGUGGAAUUCACUUAUGACUUCUAACAUCGUUUCGCGGAGGGAUCUCCAGCAACGUCAGCUUGAUCGUCCUCUUUCCAUGCAGCGACUGUAUUCUUCUGCAAUAAACUCGCCCGCUACAUUUUUCCAGUACCUCAAAAUCGCUUUGGUUCAGUUCACCCGUAAACUCCUGGUGCUUAAGACGGAUGACAGAUUCGCUGUCGGGAUCUUCAUUCGAGGGGAAGUUCCUUGGGAUGAAGAUCCCGAAGUCAGCGAUAACGUCGUCGUGUGCUCAUUUAUGCCCAAUACGUCUUCUUCGAUGGCUGGCUACUGUCCAUGCACUGUCGGUUACAGGUUGCAUUGUGACGACAGAACCUUUCAGUUAUAUAACAAAGCCAGAGGGGACACGUUCGUCUUUCUUUCUCGUCCGCCCCGGGAAACUCGACAAGACGUCAUCGCGAGUAUUGCCUUACAAAAGAUCUCGCAGAGAGUUCAGAAGCAAUUGGGCAGACUACAACGGGCACCGGUGAUUGCGAUGGAGAUCCAUGUCAUCUCCAACAGAGAUAGGGUUGCACAUCAAAGUUUCGAUCUCUACUUUGAACACGUUGAGACGGAGCAAUACAUUCGUCGUUUCGGAAGAGAUCUGACAUCCUACGAAUUGAAAACAGUGAAAGCGGUUGAUUGGACAGACCGUCCGGGAUGGUUGAAGGACCUCUUUGUACCCCGGCAAUCGGAGGAUGAGUUCAAAGAGCUUUUAACAGACCUCACGCAGGAACAAUUGGAAACCUUGAUGAACUUUUCCCUGGAACAUCGGGCUUAUACCGAGUUGUAUUGGAGUUUUAACUUCAUCAUCAACUCAGUUCCUCUUCGUUCCAACGUCGUCUCCUGGAUUGAUAAAUAUCCUCGACUGGUAUACGUUCUACUGAAGGCAUAUCCACCAACGGAGACUAUGGAGCUUCCAGAGCCGCUUUCUAUGAUGUGCACUGCUAUCGUCAGGGCUAUAGUGCGUUCAGCAAAUGAUCUGGGCAUCGCUACGCUUGUUGGCUUAGAAAAGAUUGCGGGGUCCAUCAACGACCUGCGAACUGAUCAAUAUACGGAGCUGCUCAUGUUGACUGCACUGAGCAUCCGGCCAAAAACCUUAUUCCAGGAAGCGCUUCUCGUGCUACAUGAAUCGAGGUUGGCCACUAGGGAAGCAGACAAGGCAGCAGCCUACCUCCACAAGCAGGCACUUGCUGUGGCAUUUGAUUGUGCGGAAGAGGCGGCUGACACAUGUCCUUGCGAUGAAAGUGGCCGGCCGCGCAAAACCCAGGGUUCCUAUCCUGUGCAGCGUGUUAUUCCCGCGGAGAAUGGGGAGGCAAAGAUACACCUGCGAGUGGAUCUGAAUGUUCCCAUCCGUCUGCACUCGCACGUCCGCCUACGGUGUAUGUCAAAUCCAGAGAAUGGAUGGGUCGACCAGGCCGUUAAUGAUGGAAUCAUUUCUAAAGCAACCCGUGGAGAGUUGACGGUCCAGUUAUUCCACCCUUUGCCGCCAGAAGCGCCAGAGAUGCAGUGGAAUAUCUAUGAUGCGGGAAGCAUAGCGACCGCGCAAGCGAUGAUAGAUGCAUUGACGCGGCUUUCGGUUGAACGUGAAUCGUGUUGUAGUAUUCACAAUACCAUUGUGUCGAUCCCUUCGUCUGAGGAACUUGAUGACGACGCUAGCAGCGACUCUGAAGAAGAGGAGAUCCCAGAUGCAGAAAACUUGAACGCGAGUCAAAUUACUGCCAUCAAGUUGUGCACGGCCCCACUUUCACUAAUCUGGGGCCCUCCAGGCACCGGAAAAACGACAGGUCGUCGUUCAGAUUCUUCGUUAUCUGCUACGCAAGUUCGGCGAAUGCAAAAUUCUCAUGACAGCAUCGACUCACAAUGCGGUCGAUAACGUGCUCGAAAGAUUCCUAAAGAUAAACCAACAGGACAAUUUGCUGCCGGACGAAGUGAUUUUGCGAGUUGCCACAGAUCAUUCCAAGGUCAACAAGGCACUUCAAAGUUAUACCGUCGACGCUAGGGUUGGCGGAGACGUGCAUGAAAAUAACAAACUACAAAAACAAGCCCAACAGCGGGUGAACGCCG